ACCGCGGUGACGAGGUGAAAGACCGGUGGCGCGCGCAAGUGGCGCCGCGCGCGCUCGCUCAAUCAGUUGUGGGGUGUCCACCGGCCAGGUGAGAAAGUUGAUAUUAUUACUUGUAUUCGCGCGUCUUUCGUCGCGAUUCGCGCCGCUGCUGUGUACGGCGUCUGUCCGCGGUCGCCAUCACUCGCAUCUGCAGUUUGCCGUCUGAUCUCCUUCCACGAGGAAAGAGUAGAGCGCGGUACGCGUGUACACAGGGUGAGCCUCGAAGCAGCACCUCGCUGUGUCUCCUUUCUUCCCUGCGGCAUCGAAUGAGAGCGAAAGAGACCGAACGCGACCGACGAUCGUUCGCAGUGCGGCCUGUGCGGCGCGACGAAGAGGGGAGGGCGCUUCCCCGUCCCGCGCGUGGGUGUGCGUGCCCGAGUGAUAGAUACACAGUUGUCGGGUGACAGAAGCGCAGAGGGCGAGGAUAACCCAAAUAAGGAAGGUGCGCCCUUUACUCGUUACCUUCUCGAUCGGGAGUGCACGAGUGCGAGAGGGAGUGUGAGAGAUAGCGAAAACGUGACAUUACGCGGCAAAUGACAGCGAAGAGGUGAGGAUCAAUGUGCCGUGAUGGCUGAGGAGGAGCUGCUGGUCACCCUGUGCCGCGGCGACUCCGGCUCCGGCGGCUCUUUCGGCUUCUCGUUGCUCGGCGCCUCGGCGUCGGCGGGCCUGCCGGCCGCCCACGUCAUCUACGAUAUCGUCGAAAACUCACCGGCGGCCAGGAGCGGCAAGGUCGAAGCUGGUGAUGUCAUACUUAGGGUGAACGAAGUUGAUGUCAAUCGAUUUAGUACGAAAGAAGUACUGAAAUGUCUCCGACUGUCUUCAGAUCCCGUUACUCUAAAGCUGCGAAGGGAUCCUGCUGUAAAGGCUCACGUUCGCCGCCUUCUUUCUCCCGGACAACCUGCGAAGGAUGAGGUCACAGAAUGUUCAAAAGAUGUCUUGGCGAACAACCCCAAGAACAUCGUUGCUUCCGGCAAUGUAGAGAAGAAGGAGCUCAAGAAGACGUCAGUCACACCAGAAAUGUCCGCAAAUUCGCCAACACUGACACCGACGCCUGCAACAACAACGAGGAGCAAUGGCUCGUGCAGCGAUGCCUCUCUCUCAUCGGAAUUAGAGGCUCUCUUGCCACCCGUGGACCAUUUUAAAGAAGAGGAACGGACUCAAUGGGAGCCCCUGUCCGCUGACAAAUUCUCACGACAGAAAAACACACCUCGGUUCGAAGCGUACAUGAUGACCGGCGACCUGAUGCUAAAUCUCUCCCGCACACAACAGAGCAGCAAUCUACUGCCUAAGCAACAUCAGCAGCGAAAAGUGGACUCCCUUAGGUACAAUCCCAAUCAUCAGCACACCACUACCACUAUCACUACCACUAGUGCCCAUCACAAUCACAAUCAUCACCACCACCAUCAUCAUCAUCAUCAUCACCAUCAUCAUAACUCGGUACCCAGCAGUCCCAAUGAGACCCAACUGGCACAUCAGCAUCAUCACCAUCGAGGAACGGUCUACAAAGCUUCCAGCUCGGCCAGUACCUCACCCGUAGGCGCUGCUAGACGCGACGGAGUGCAAAGCACUUCGGGAGCCCUAGUCCAAGUCGAUCCGGGCAAGAAUACUCCUUCAAGCUUCGGUUUCGUACGUACUUCGCGGUCGGAGGAUCACCUGCAGUUUCAAAAAGAUCCUUCAAUGAGCGCCGUGGAUAUUGAUAUCGAUGACGAUGUCACUUCAAGUUUGAAUACAUUGUUGGAUCCGCGGCCAGAAGGCCUAAUGCCAAAUGAGCGAAUUGUCUGGACUUACAAUGCACCUGUUAGCUCACCAGCCGUUUCCUGCUGCCAAAACGGCGGUUCCUCAUCUUCGUCUUCGUCCUCAUCAUCCUCUUCGACGAGCCCUCAGCGUUCUCUGUCCCCUGCUUCUCCUACCUCCGUCUCGUCCUCCGUUAUGUCCUCCAACUCUGGUUCCCGUAGGUUCCCUCCGGCCCAAACUGUUCCCGGGGUUUCCAGCGCCCCGGGAGGUCAUCUCCCUGCUAACGGCGAUUUCAGCCAGUCGGAGGCCAUCAGCAACAUGUCCAGUCCAGAUUACAAUGAUGAAGAAACAAUGGAUAUUCUCAGCGCGAGGGAUAUUAUGAUGGUAAGCGAUCCCAGCGAUAGCGAUUCGACCAUUCUGGCGAGCGAACCGCCUCAGAGAAGACUGAAGGCUAAUCCUCAGGACACUGGAGACCAUAGAAUAGUGAUUCAAGUCAAAGGGCCUGAUAAAGACACUCCAAGAAACACGAGUCCUAGACAGGCGAGGAGAAGAGGAAAUCCCAUUGGCGAACUGAUGUCACCUGCUACAUCCCAAAAUUUGCAGAGAAAUCAAUCUGGGAUUCCUGGGAUCCCGAGCGUUCCUGGAAUCAUUGCGGGAUCUGUAACACCUGAAUGUGUAGGUUAUCAGGAACUAAAAGAAAGCGAAGAUGAGAGGGAGGCUCUGAUUGCUGGAAUGUACGAUGAACAGAAGGGACAUGGAAGUAGCGCGUCGCCGCCUCAGUCAGCGGAUGAAGAAAGCGAUAUCGAAAGUUUACACAGUUUCCAUUAUAGCCCGAAAGCGGUAGAUUUGCCCUCUGCAAUCCGAUUGGCCAAACGUCUCUAUUCUUUAGAUGGCUUCAAAAAGUCUGAUGUUUCUAGACAUCUAAGCAAAAACAACGACUUUAGCAAAGCUGUGGCGGAGGAGUAUCUGCGCUACUUCAACUUUGAACGAGAUACACUGGACAUGGCUCUUAGAAAAUUUCUCGCUCAAUUUUGUCUAACGGGAGAGACUCAAGAAAGAGAGAGAGUCUUAGUACAUUUUUCCAAAAGAUAUUUGGAUUGCAAUCCCGGUAGUUUUAAUUCUCAAGAUGCGGUUCACACACUGACUUGCGCGAUAAUGCUGCUUAAUACAGACUUGCACGGUCAGAAUAUCGGCAGAAAGAUGUCAUGUUCAGAGUUCAUUGAGAAUCUAUCGGAGCUCAACGAUGGUGACAACUUUCCACGUGAAGUGCUGAAGCAACUUUACAACGCCAUUAAAUCCUUUCCCCUCGAAUGGGCAAUGGAUGAAGAAGGGGACGAAGCGACAAACCAAGCAAUUCAGCAAGGCGACGGUACGGCGGCGAUUGCCGGUACCGGAAAUCCGUUUCUCGAUGUGCCAAAUAUUACGGGCGCUACGGAGUUCAAAAAGGGAUAUGUUAUGCGUAAAUGCUGUUAUGACUCCAAUGGCAAAAAAACUCCGUUCGGCAAACGUGGAUGGAAAAUGUACUAUUGUACAUUGCGUGAGCUUGUGCUAUACUUGCACAAGGAUGAGCACGGUUUCCGUAACGAUAGUUUGCACAAUGCUAUACGUAUUCACCAUGCGUUGGCUACCAAGGCGACUGAUUACACAAAGAAACAGCAUGUUUUUCGAUUACAGACUGCCGACCAAGCUGAAUAUCUCUUUCAGACAAGUGAUUCAAAGGAGCUGCAAUCAUGGAUCGAUACCAUCAAUUUUGUGUGCGCCAGCUUUUCGUGUCAGCCUCUCGCAGGCGCCGUUGGGUCUCAGCGCAAGUUCCAGCGUCCAUUGUUGCCAUGUAGCCAUACUAAAUUAAAUUCUAGAGAACAGUUACGGGACCAUGAAGAUAGGGUCAACAGGCUAGAAACGGAAUUGGACGAACAUAGACGACAUCCUCCGGAAAGAGGGGCUAAAGCUCUUACUGUACAAAAUUAUAAGGAAAAAGACGCAUAUUUGCAUCACGAGCUGAAGCGGUAUAAAACAUAUGCCUAUCUUCUUCGUUCCCGACUGGCGUUCAGUGAGAUGGAAUCAUCGCUAGUUGAGAGCAGUAUUGGCGAGGUAGACGAGAGCAUGCCACUCGGACCUCCUGGAGCCGUAGGAAACGCGGAAGGAGCUCUGGUACCACCGCCGGUCCCCGAACGACCAGCCGCAACUAAUAGAGUUGACCUGGCAGCAACGUAAGCAGGAUCCAGCAAGGUUACAUCCAGCUUUCAGAAUGUUAUUCAGGAUAUCUUCCUUGUCGUGCAAAUAUAAUGAAAUAAAGUUUGCUGUUAAAAUCGAAUAUGAAAUUAAUUGAAAAAUUAUGAUAUUCAGGAAAGAAUGAAGAUUGUAUUGGCUAUAUUAAUCAAAUUUCUUUUAAUCUAUUGAUUAAUGAAAAACAUAAUUUAUUAGUUAUAUGGAAUAAUUAUCUAUUCCUAUAACUCAUAAUAUGUAUUACAAAUAAUACAAGAUUAUAAGAUUUUUAGCUUCAACGUUAUGUUUAUACUUAAGCAUCUUAUUAAUCUUUUAUAUUAAAUUAUGAAAAAUAUAUCCUUUAUAAAUUUUUUAUAAAUAAUAUAUUUUUUAUAAGUAAAUUAAGGAAGUAAAGAAAUCACAUGCUUUUGAAAGAUAGUAAAAUCGAAUUAUUGCAACAAAUUUUCUAUAUAACCAUUCCCAUUAUGAUAAAUAAAUGACUUAUUACUGGUUAAUAAAAUUGUUUGUCAAUUAAUUCGCAAAUUUACAUCUACAGAAAAUCUAACGAAAAUGCUAAUAAGCAAUCUUUAUUUUUUCUAAUUAUAUAUAAUUUUUCAAAGCGACAGAGAAAAAAUAUAUUAUAUAGCAAAGAUUUAAAUAAGAAAAGGAUAAUUAAACCUUGCCUCGCAAGAUUAGGCAAUCUUCUUGUUUCCUAGCAAAGAUAAUUGAUUUGAUAAUAAAUAAGGCUAGAAUUUCUCUCCGUAUUUACGCGAAAUAUUAUUUAAGACUGACUAUAGCAAAAUAUCGUGCACAGAAAAUUAAACUAUAAUUGGAAAGAAAUUACCAAUAUGCAAAAAUUUGUUUCACCAUAGCGAUGAUAAUAUGAAUUAGUAAUUUCUCAUCCUAUAAUAUAAUGCAUCAUCAAAAAUUAUUACAAAAUUAUUCCUUAUAAAUAUUUUAUAAUUGUAUAUGGACGAAUAAUAAAUUUAAACCGUUAGGAUGCGAAAAGAAGAGGCCAAAGAAUUGCAUUUAUAUAUAUUCUACUAAAUAUUCCGUUUCUUCCAUAAUUUAGCGUAUAUAAAUAUAUGUAUACAUAUUUCAGGAUUUAACAUUAUACAUAUACUUAUUUACACAACUUUUAAUUUUGUUAUAUAAAAAAACUUGAAAUAGCAUGUUUAGUUUUAUUCAUUGAACAACUAAGAAAUGAGUUAAAAGAAAAAAUAUAUUUCUUUGUACAGCUUGAUUUGCUGCCAUUGUAAACAUAUAUUUGUAAAUAUAUUUUUGUUAUCAAUAUUAUUAUUAAUAUGAUCAUAUCCUAUUAUUAUAAUUCGAGGAUGUUUAUUGAUCGAUAAUGAAUUUCUGAUAGAAAAAUGA